UCUUUUCCGCCUCCGCCCCCAAACCGCUAGGGCUUCUCUUCUCUUCUCUUCUUCUCCUCCUCUCUCUCUCCAUCGGCGCGGUGCGGCGGAGGAUUCGCGAGGAUGAGUGACGACAAGCAGAAGGACGGCCUUAACAUCUCCGAUCUUAGCGCUGCUCUCCCUGCCAACGUCCCUGGUCUCAGUGCGGAGGAUCGGGCUGACCUCGUGAAUGCUCUCAAGAACAAGCUGCAUAGCCUAGCGGGGCAGCACUCGGAUGUUUUGGAGAGCCUCCCGACAAAGGUCAGAAAGCGGGUUGAAGUCUUAAGGGAAAUACAGAGUCAACAUGAUGAGCUUGAAGCUAAAUUUUUCGAGGAAAGAGCAGCCCUUGAAGCUAAGUACCAAAAACUUUAUGAGCCAUUAUACACCAAGCGAUAUGAAAUUGUGAAUGGUGUGGUUGAAGUGGAAACUGUUAAAGGUGAAGGCACGGAAGAAGCACCUGCCGAGGAAAAAGAAACUGAAGAAAAAGGUGUGCCUGACUUUUGGCUGACUGCUAUGAAGACCAAUGAAGUACUGGGUGAGGAGAUCCAAGAACGGGAUGAGGCAGCACUGAAGUAUUUGAAGGAUAUCAAGUGGUACAGAAUAGAUAAUCCAAAGGGUUUUAAGCUUGAAUUCUUUUUUGACACCAAUCCGUUUUUCAAGAAUUCUGUUCUCUCCAAAACCUAUCACAUGAUUGAUGAUGAUGAACCUAUUCUGGAGAAAGCAAUUGGGACUGAGAUAGAAUGGCACCCUGGGAAGUGUUUAACCCAAAAGAUUCUGAAAAAGAAGCCUAAGAAAGGAUCAAAGAAUGCCAAGCCCAUUACCAAAACUGAGAAUUGUGAAAGUUUCUUUAAUUUCUUCAAUCCACCUCAAGUUCCAGAAGAUGAUGAGGAUAUUGAUGAUGAGACUGCUGAACAACUACAGAGCCAGAUGGAACAAGAUUAUGAUAUUGGAUCCACUAUUAGGGAUAAGAUAAUUCCUCAUGCUGUUUCAUGGUUUACGGGAGAGGCUGUUCAAGGAGAAGAUUUUGAGGACUUGGGUGAUGUUGAUGAGGAAGAUGGAGAUGAAGAGGAUGAAAAUGAAGAUGAGGAUGAAGAAGAAGAUGACGAGGAUGAGGAUGAUGACGAAGAGGAAGUAAAAACCAGGAAGAAGAAGUCAGGUGGAACCCAUGCCGCGGAGGGUCAGCCAGUUGAUCGGCCCGCAGAAUGCAAGCAGCAGUGACUUUGUUUAGUAUGAAAAACAUUGCUAUUAGCGCAAUUGUGCGUAGUAUCGGAGGUUUUGGUGGUGAGUGAACUUGUCUGGUUCUGAUUUUCCUGUUGUGUUGUAUUGGGGGAAAAACCUGGACUGGGAUUUGGGGACUGGAGUUUUGUUGUCCUAGUAGGCUUCUGUUAGUAUAUCCUAUUAUUGGUUAUUCCUUUGCUCUUUUCCUUAUUAUUGUGCUAUAUAAAUAUCUCGGCUUGGUCUAAAUUUCCGUGAUUAUUUUGGAUGCC